CGGCCAGGACGCGCUUCGUGGAGGCGGACAUGGCGUGCGGCUUCCGCAGGUCCAUCGCCUGUCAGCUUUCCAGAAUAUUGGAUCUUCCACCAGAAAACUUGAUCAAGUCAAUAUCUGCAGUUCCAAUUUCCAGAAAAGAAGAAUUAGCUGAUUUUCAGCUUUCUGUGGAUUCUCUAUUGGAGAACAGUGACCAUUCAAGACCAGAUAUUCAAGUUCAAGCCAUACGACUGGCGGAGAAGCUAAAAUGUGAUACAGUGGUGAGUGAAAUCAGCACUGGUCAGGGGACUAUAAAUUUCAAAAUAAACAGAGAACUAUUAACAAAGACAGUGCUAAAACAGGUAAUGGAAGAUGGUUCAAAAUAUGGAUUAAAAAGUGAGCUUUUCUCUGAUCUUCCCCAGAAGAAGAUUGUGGUUGAAUUCAGUUCACCUAAUAUUGCCAAAAAAUUUCACGUUGGACAUUUGCGUUCUACCAUCAUAGGAAAUUUCAUAGCAAAUCUCAAAGAAGCUUUAGGACAUCAAGUAACCAGAAUAAAUUACCUUGGAGAUUGGGGUAUGCAGUUUGGUCUUCUGGGAACUGGCUACCAACUCUUUGGCUAUGAAGAAAAACUCCAGUCCAAUCCUUUGCAGCAUCUGUUUGAAGUUUAUGUACAAGUUAAUAAAGAAGCAACAGAAGAUAAGAGUGUAGCAAAAUCAGCACAUGAAUUCUUCCAGCGAUUAGAACUCGGUGACAUGCAGGCACUUGCACUAUGGCAGAAAUUUCGGGACUUGAGCGUAGAAGAGUACAUUCGGAUUUACAAGCGUUUAGGAGUACACUUUGAUGAAUACUCAGGAGAAUCAUUUUAUCGUGAAAAAUCUCAAGAAGUCUUAAAGUUGCUGGACAGUAAAGGACUCCUGCAGAAAACAAUAAAAGGAACAGCUGUAGUGGAUCUUUCUGGGAAUAGUGACCCCUCCUCAAUUUGUACUGUAAUGCGAAGUGAUGGGACUUCUCUCUAUGCAACCAGAGAUCUUGCAGCUGCUAUAGAUCGAAUGGACAAAUACAAUUUUGAUACAAUGAUUUAUGUGACAGAUAAAGGGCAAAAAAGGCAUUUUCAGCAAGUGUUCCAAAUACUGCAGAUCAUGGGAUAUGACUGGGCAAAAAGGUGCCAGCAUGUGCCCUUUGGAGUAGUAAAGGGAAUGAAGACUCGAAGAGGAGAUGUUACUUUCCUGGAAGAUGUCUUAAAUGAGAUACGAUUAAGGAUGCUACAGAAUAUGGCUUCCAUUAAGACUACCAAAGAACUAGAGAACCCACAAGAGACUGCGGAGAGGGUCGGGCUUGCAGCACUCAUUAUUCAGGACUUCAGAGGUUUACUCUUAUCUGACUAUCAAUUCAGCUGGGAUCGUGUUUUCCAGAGUCGUGGGGAUACAGGGGUCUUCCUACAGUACACGCACGCCCGCCUUCACAGUUUGGAAACGACUUUUGGAUGCGGUUAUCUAAAUGACUUCAACACUGCUUGUUUACAAGAGCCACAGUCUGUUUCAAUUCUCCAGCAUCUUCUCAGGUUCGACGAAGUGCUUUAUAGGUCAUCUGAGGACAUUCAACCCAGGCACAUUGUCAGUUACCUUCUAACUCUAAGUCAUCUUGCAGCUGUGGCACACAGAACACUGCCCAUAAAAGAGAGUCCUCCUGAAGUCGCCGGGGCCAGACUUCAUCUUUUCAGAGCUGUCCGUUCUGUCCUAGCCAACGGAAUGAAGCUUCUUGGAAUAACACCUGUAUGUAGGAUGUAAUUUCUAAUUAAAAUGGCUUUUUAAAU